AUGUUCUACGACCUUGCCCUCGGUGCCCCCGACGGCUUCAUGGGCGACGAGAUUGACCUCCUCUCCAUUGACUUUGUGAUCGCUGGAGGCUCGUUAUGUGGGCUGUCCGCAGCGAUAGCCCUCAGGCGCGUCGGCCAUAAUGUCGUCGUCGUCGACCGCACAUCUCCCUACGAGCCGACCAAAUUCGACUCGGGUAUUCGCUUACCGCCCAACUCGACGAAGCACUACUACCGAUGGGGGCUGAAGGACCGCCUCCAGAGUCACGCCGUGUCUGUCAAGAGUCAAGGCACUUUGUUCGCUUCUUUCCACUCAGGCUCGAUUGUCGGGGAGCACUCGUGGGAAAGCAGCAUCCUGGAGGAGCUUGGGGGCGACACGCUAUUCAUGCACUACACGCAGCUCCGGAAGCUGCUCGCGGAGCAUGCCACGGAGAUAGGUCCGUCGCUGAAACUCGAGUCCGACGAAGUCCUCAUUGGUGACGUCGUGCUGGGUGCCGACGGGUACAUCCUCGAAGGAAACCUCUGCCGCACGGCCCUGUUCAACGCCAAUAUACCCGAAGCGAAUCUGGACCGGCUGGAGGACAAGGAGAUGCUCGUGCAGCUGCGAAGAGGGGGCAAAGUCUUCACGUGGUAUGGGCGUGGGUAUGGAGCGCUGGGCUUUCCCGUGAAAUCUAUCACUGGGGAGGACGCGUUCACCCUGUAUAUUUUCACACCGCGCGCGGAGAUGCUUGAGCGGCCGUACCGCUGCGAGAUCGAGGAGUGCCUCGCCGCGUUGAAGGACUCGGACCCACGGCUCCGACAGAUUGCGAAGCAUGCAUCGCGCAUCACCUGCGUGCCCAUGGCCGACCACCCCAAGCUGGAAGAGUGGGUGCACCCCGACGGCCGUCUCCUGUGCAUCGGCGAGGGCGCCCACCCAACUCCUGUCCGUCGUCCCCGUCGCUCUCUCCCGCGAUCGCCGACUGACGUUGCGCCCGGUAUCGCCGCUCCUGGAUCGCUCGCACCCGCCGGCGACGCACGCCCCGCGAUCUUGCAGGUCGGCUCGCUGUUCUCGGUCGCGAUGUGCACGUGCGACGCGGCGUGCCUCGGCCGGCUGUUCUCGCACCUCACCCGGCACGACCAGAUCGACACGCUGCUGUACGCGCUGCAGGAGAUCCGCGAGGGGCCCGUCGCGUCCGUCUUCAAGGCCGCGUCGGGCAACAUCUUCGCGACCUCGCUCCCGCCCGGGAUCGUCGAGCGGGACGACGAGGACAAGCGCGCGCGGGCGGAGCACGGGCUCGCGAGCCUUGGCGGCGGCAUCGACAGCUUGACGCCGGAGUCAAGCCCGGAGAUGAUCGAGGUCGUCGAGCAGCUGUUUGGGUACGAUGCUGAGGACGAGGCGGACAAUUGGUGGGUCAACUGGGGGCUCAUGCAGGAGCGCGCGACGCGGAGAGAGAUGUUUAGGAGGAGCGUGACGGUGAGCGGUAAGGACGAGGAUCCGGAGGGGCAGUAUAAUGGCGGCUCUCGCGCGGGGCAUGCACGACGGUGA